ACCGCCCAACCAAUAUGGCAAAUAUCUCGUCCUUGUCCUGAAUUGGGCGCGAAGCCAAAUGAUUAGCCCUAAAUUCUCCACCCCUUUUCGCCUCCUACCCCCAGGGCAACUUACCACUAGUUGAUGGAAAAUGAGAAGAUCAUAAGUAAAGCUAUCAAUUUGGGAGUUUCUCUGAAUUUUGAUUGUAACAGUCUUUUUUGUCUUUGUUUUUGUUUUUGUUUUUGUUUUUGAAAAGGAUCUGAGGCAAUCUUUGUUCUUCCGUAAUUAGUAGAAGAGAAAAGCUAAUUCGUUACCGAAGCUGUUUCUUCUUCUUCUUUCUGUUCUGGUUCAGAUUUCAGAAUGGAAGCCUCCAUCAGCUGUUUCAGGACCUCUAUUUCUUCUCCUCUCAGACAUCCCUUAAUUCCUUCUAUUUAUAUCCACAAGAAGGUGAAGAAAGCUACUAACUUCAAGAGUUCGUGGGAUAGUGUGACCGCAAUUGGUUACAGACAUCCGAGGGUGAUUAGCUGCCUCUCCUCCUCACCAUUGGCAACAGGUGGUGAUGUUUUCUCAGUCACCUCUUCCUCUAAGUCUGAAGUUGACUAUCUUGGGCAGAGCACUAAAGGCGACCUAAAUCUCAAUCUCGGGGUAGAUGACCAAGCUUCAUUAGAGGGUCCAAUUGAGGAGGUGGCCCGGAUAGAAGCCGAAGAGGCUGAGUCCUUGCUUAACCACCUGGGAAUACAGGAUCCAUUUUCUUCAAUGCAGUCUCCUCGUGGCAUAUUUUGCAGUCGUACAUUAAAUCUCCGUUCUAUCAGUGCCAUUGGAUAUGACAUGGAUUACACAUUGAUUCACUACAAUGUGAAGGCCUGGGAAGGACGGGCAUACGAUUAUUGUAUGGACAACCUGAGAAAUAUGGGUUAUCCUGUUGGUGGCCUUGCUUUUGACCCAGACCUGGUAAUUAGAGGGCUUGUCAUAGACAAAGAGAAAGGAAAUUUAGUAAAGGCUGAUCGGUUUGGUUAUGUAAAGAGGGUUAUGCAUGGUACCAAAAUGUUGUCUAAUCGUGCUGUGAGUGAAAUUUACGGGAGGGAACUCGUAGAUUUGCGGAAAGAGACUAGAUGGGAGUUCCUCAAUACACUGUUUUCAGUUUCAGAAGCAGUGGCUUAUAUGCAGAUGGUGGACAAGUUGGAUGCAGGAGAUAUAUCACCCGACCUUGGUCCACUUGAUUACAAAGGACUUUACAAGGCAGUUGGAAAGGCCCUAUUUAGAGCACAUGUUGAGGGUCAGCUUAAGAGUGAGAUCAUGUCUAAGCCUGAAUUGUUUGUUGAGCCAGAUCCAGAACUACCGUUGGCACUUUUGGAUCAAAAAGAGGCUGGUAAAAGACUUUUGCUAAUUACCAACUCAGAUUAUCAUUACACUGACAAAAUGAUGAAGCAUUCGUUCAAUAGAUUUCUUCCAAAUGAUAUGAGUUGGCGAGAUCUAUUUGAAAUGGUUAUAGUAUCAGCAAGGAAACCCGAAUUCUUUCAGACGUCACAUCCCAUGUAUGAAGUGGUAACUGGUGAGGGUCUCAUGCGCCCAUGUUUCAAGGCACACCCAGGUGGUUUAUACUCUGGAGGAAGUGCCCAGAUGGUGGAGAACUCCCUGAACAUUCAUGGGGAUGAGAUAUUAUAUGUCGGGGACCAUAUAUACACUGAUGUUAGCCAAUCCAAAGUUCAUUUACGGUGGAGGACUGCAUUAAUUUGUCGUGAACUUGAAGAAGAGUACAGUGCUUUGAUUAAGAGUAGAAGUUCUCGUGGUAGACUAAUAGACCUCAUUAAUCAGAAGGAAGUGGUUGGAGAUCUUUUUAACCAACUACGGCUUGCGCAUCAGAGGAGAAUUAAGGGGCGUCCUGCACAGACCCUUGCAGCUACGAAAAUGAAUGACGAUGAGCUAACAGAUUGCAUGCAGAAAUUACUUAUUGUGAUGCAAAGGUUAGACCAGAAGAUUGCUCCAAUGUUGGAAACAGAUGGAGAACACUUCAACACAAGGUGGGGAUACCUUUCUAGGGCAGGACUGUGGGACAAAAGUCACAUAAUGAGACAAAUAGAGAAGUAUGCUGACAUAUACACAUCUCGAGUUUCAAAUUUUCUCCAAUAUACACCGUUUGUGUAUUUCCGAUCACAGGAGCAGACACUUGCUCAUGAUAGUCACUCAUACAACAUUCCAACGCCACCUGGGACUGGCAGUGGUAGUUGAUGAAGAUGGUGAUGUUCUUGUUGUUGUUGUUGUUGUUGUUUUAUGUCUAGUUGCUAUUAGUAAUUUAAAGAGAUGAUGAUUUUGAUUUGAAGCUGUGGUAGACAGAGCUAUAUAUUACUAACUAUAAGUUACUGACCUAGUUAGGGGUCAGCAAAAAAACGAUUUGAGCAGUUUGUAAAACACUUAGGUUUGGGUUGAUUUCAGU